AUGAGAGCGUUUGUGUUAGUGACAUUGGCGGCGUUGGCACACGCUCGGCCCGAGGCAGGCUACUCAUAUAACGCACCUGGACGAGGAGGCGGAGGCGGCGGUGGCGGUUUUGGAGGCCUCGGGGGUGGAUUUGGUGGCGGUGGUCUUGGCCACGGUGGUGGCGGUGGCGGUUUCGGAGGUGGCGGAAUUGGUGGAGGUGGUUUCGGAGGCGGUGGUAUCGGAGGAGGCGGUUUCGGAGGCGGUGGCAUUGGAGGAGGUUUCGGAGGCGGCGGCGGCGGUGGCGGCGGUUUCGGAGGUGGAUUCGGAGGGGUGGGUUUCGGAGGCGGUAGCAUAGUCCAAAAACACAUAUACGUCCACGUACCUCCACCAGAGCAACAAGAAUUCAGACCACAAAGGCCGAUUCAAGUAGCCGCACCCCAAAAACAUUACAAAAUCAUAUUCAUUAAAGCGCCAACUGCGCCUACACCAACUGCUCCUGUGAUACCCCUGCAGGCGCAGAAUGAAGAGAAGACGCUCGUCUACGUAUUGGUCAAGAAGCCGGAAGACCAGCCAGAGAUCAGCAUACCGACGGCAGCACCCACACAGCCCACGAAACCAGAAGUUUACUUCAUCAGAUACAAGACCCAGAAGGACGGAGGUGGCGGCGGAAUUGGAGGUGGAAUUGGAGGAGGAAUCGGUGGUGGAAUUGGAGGUGGUAUUGGAGGCGGAAUUGGCGGUAUAGGAGGCGGAAUUGGCGGCGGUCACGGAGGCGGUAUCGGCGGCGGAAUCGGAGGAGGUGCAGGAAGCGGAGGAGGAGUGUCUACUAGUUACGGUCCACCUGGACACACAGCCGGUUCAUACUGA